AUGCUGAUUAGCCCAGGGUUGGGUAGGGGCGGGGGAGAGGUUUCUCGGACCCGGCUUUCAGGGGUUAGUUUGGAGCGGACGGUUUCAGGCGGUGCGGCCGGAGGCGCUCACACGGGAGAAGCAGAGUGGAGAGAGUUUAGCAGGAUGACUUCGACCAGUACUUUCCAGGGCUUGGAGGACCGACCCAACUCCAGCAGGGUGCUUAAACCACCCGGUGGUGGUUCUAGUAACAUAUUUGGUGUUCCUGAAGAACCACCCAGCAAACCUCACAAGAUGGCAUCUAAUAUUUUUGGACCACCAGAAGAAAUCUCAUUGCCAAAAAGAUCCAAUCCUCCAGGUGGAAAAGACAGUGGGAUUUUCAGUGAAGCCAAUCCUGUUCCUUCACAGCAAAGUGCCAUUCCAGCCAGUGGGAAAAGUACUGACAUCUUUGGGGGACCAGCUCCUUCAACUGCAGUCCGUGCUCAUCCAAAUAAACCAAAGGACACCAACAUAUUCUCAGGGUAUGAUGAUGAAAAUGAUGAAGUGAAAGCUGCAGAACAAGGAGAACAGAGUGAAGAAAAAGAUGAAGAGAAGCAAAUGAAAGAAAAGCCAAAAGAACCUACAGUGGAUGAUCAUGAACCUCGUCUUGGUCCACGCCCACGAUCCCAUAACAAGGUCACUCAACCUCCUGGUGGAAGAUCCACAUUUUCAUUGUUCUAAGGAUUCUCCCUGACCUGUGAUUUCCAAAACUCUGUUUGGAACAGGAAGUCAAUUUGUGCCUAGAAUGUUUGCUGAACAGCAUUUGACUUGCAUUGCAUUUUCUUGUCCUUGCUCUUUGAAAGAAAAGUAUAUUUUUUAUUUUUAAAAGCAGCUUUUCAUUUCAAUCAGAAUUUUCUGGCCUAAUGUUUUUGAAGUAUUCUAAAACUUAAAUUUGUACCUUCUGCAAAUGUGGAAAUAAUUUGUUUGAAUGUAGUAUAAAACUUGCAUUGUGCAGAGAAACAAAGCCAUGUCAGUUUGUUCAAGUUUGAUCAUUAAUUAUCUUGAACCUUAAUGUUAUACAUGAACCUUAAUGUUAUACAUGUUGAGUGUUCUUAAACUGCCUGAUUCUUCUAAAGGCUACAUUUAUUUCCUGUGAUCUAGGAUUAAAAUUUAUUGGGUUCCACAAUUGAUUACGUAACUCCCUGAUCAAAUGCAUUCUUUGCAUGGAUAUAUGAUCAUGUAACAAUAGGUCUUUGUUCACCAAGAAUGCAUGGUUGUGUAAAAUCUGCAUUGUAUCUAUUCAAAAGAUUCAUUGACAUGAUUAACAUUAUGAACAACUUGGUUUGUCCCCAAUCUGUUACAAACAUUAUUUAAACACCUCUGCAAGUGGUACACUUAGACUGAAAGGCAAUUUAGUUGUGAAAUAUUUAUUUUCCUGAAACACUGGGCAAAAUCUUCCUUGUAUGCUUGGCCAAAGCCAUUUUAUAAACUGGUUUCUUUUUGUUAAAGUAUUUAUAAUUAGACAGGAGAUUGUAAAACUAUGACUAUCAUGUCUAUACAGAUAGGUUAAUAUUGUGCUAAAAGAUUGUUCUAUUUGAUCCUAUAAUAGUUUUUCUAAAUGCAGUCUUGAUGGUACAAAUUUGUUCAAUAAGGUGUAGUUUUAUCUUGAUUUCAUCCAAUACUCAAUUUUCUCAUAGUUUCAAGGUACCCUUCUAUUAGUGCCAUGGACUUCAGCUACUACUGCAGAGUUUGGAGUACUUUAAUCCACUUUUGUCUAUUUCAGGUUGUGUGCUGAUGGUAUGUCAGUUAUUGCUAAUGAGAGAAGAGUUUUUUUGUGCUUUUUUUAAUGCAACCAUCUGUAAGAUGCAGAUAACUGGAUGACAAUAGGCAGAAAUAAGAUUUACCUCAAUAAAAAUUGUAUUUUUCUUUUUGGUGUUUGUAAAUCUGAUUCUCAAUUUGUAGUUUUUGAAGUGGAAAGAUGUCCCCCUGCUGCAGAUGAUGUUCAUCUUGAGAGUAAAUUUGUAAUGCUGAUUUCCACUCCUCAGUCUGCACUGGUGCCCAG